AACGAAUAUGGCGAAACUAAAACUAAUUUUGAUCCUAGCGGUGGUAAUCCUAAACUCCAAUUGCGAAGCAGCAACAGGUUUAGCGUCGAUAAACCAUAUCGGGCAGACUGUAAAGGACAUUGUAUCAACAAUCGGUAGAGUAGUUUCUAGCUUUAGAAAGCACCAUCGGCCGGUAACUGCCCAGAAGAACUACACGCGUUACCCAGUGUCGGACAACCUACAGUCGGUAAACUUAACAGAGCUCCCCGGUCAGAACAUUCAAGUGGAAAGAACCAUUCGACGGAUGAUGAAUAAUGUCAGAAAAAUAACUAACAAAAUACCGAAGUACACUGAGAGUAUAACAGAUACGUUGGACUCCAUGUUGGAAAUGGUGAUUGAUAAGUUAGAAAUUCAAAACGACGCGUCCCGAACGCGAGACGACGCGCUGGUGAAGAUCCAUAGAUACUCUGCAGCUAUCGACCGGUUCUAUGAAGACUUUAUAAAGUUUUCGCAGCCGAAACUCAAAGUGGCGCCCUUGACGAUCGAUGAAAUGGUUAGGUCGAUUUUUUCCUACAAGGAAAACAAACUUAUUAUGAGCGUACGGGAUUUGAGGAGUUACUUCGAGCGGAGAGAGGGCGCUUUUAUAUAUGAAGCGUUAUUCAAGUACUUCAAUAAUCCAAAGAAACUAACAUUUAAUAAAACAUGUGACUCUACCCUAUCACUCCAAGAAGAAAUAAAGAUGAUCUACAAUCUAGUAAUGGUUCAAGAAUUGAGAGCCUUUAUGAUGAUAGUCUUCUCCUAUAAAUACGAAGAACUAAUUCAGCCAGAAAAUAACAACAAUGCGAUGACGGUAUUGAUAACUCAUACAUUGGAGAGAAUGAGCAAAUACCUGCUCGCUAUCAAAGAGAUAACCGGAGCAGCUUCCCGCGAAAGAGUCAGAUGCGACCCACCGCAAUAUGAUCUAGACAUCAACUACUUCCGACUGGAUUAUUUGUUUGGUCUGUACUACCUCAACGAAAGACAAGUGACCACAGGAUGCGUUCAUAAGAUAACUCCGUUGCUAACAGACGAAUCCGAAGAGUUCAAUACUUUCAUGUAUCAACAAAAACCUAUUUAUAAACCACGGGCUUCUCAGAACAAUGUAAAAUAUUUGUCAGGUACAAAGUGGAGCAGUGUUGACAAAUUGCGGGUAAAAAGAGACAUUGAACCAACUGCGAUAAUUCGAAACAAAGUCCAGUGCUUAGACGAGACCCGUUUUAGCGAGAAUUUGCUGGUACCAAAGUACUGCCCGACUGAUAACAACAUGUGCAAUGGAAUUUUGCACCACUGCAAGGUUGUUCCAAGUGCGUCUUUUUGCGAAGCGGACAAGAGUUACGGAAGAAGGUACCAUUGGAUCAACAAUGGAACCGAUGAUAUUUCAAGCUUGAAUUGCGAUGGUAGCUUCGUAGAUACCAUGACAGUCACGACCUGCCAAAGUCUUCUGUGUCAAUGUUCUGAACAAGGAGCUAAAUCUUCUGCGACCAGAACUGUUAGUUUGAUGCCCCAGCAAGGCCACCUCCUGCCGGAGGGCAAGAUCGACAACUCAACGACAUCCUGGGUCCCACUUCCUGACCUAAUGUACUACAAGAACGUCCCAGAGGGUUCUUUCUGGCUGAAAAAGGACAACAGAGACUAUCCUCUGGUCUACGACAUGGACUACACCUUCCUGAAGCACGACAGGAUGACCCUGAACCUAGACGACGUGAUCGCGAGCCCAGGGUUCGUCGUCACCGGAGUGAGACUUAAUUACCAGUACGAUGUCCCAGACAACCGGACGACUGCAUUAGAGCUCCAGGUCCAUAUUACCCCCUACGACUACUACCAGGGACACCUGAAGCCUACGAGAAGCUACCCUUCGAAGUGGAUCAGCGUCCAGACUUCCGGCGAGCACUCUGGAGCCUAUCAGCGCUUCAGAAGAGAAGUUGAUCUUUCAAAUUCCGAUGAUCCGCUCAAGUCUCUGGAGAAUCUUAAUAUCUCCAGCCAGAACUUGUUCGUCAACUUCCAGAUGACUGAUUAUGAAAAAGACUUCGGGCAGCUCACUGUGCCGUACUUCGACUCUAGGGCUGCAGGUGUCGCUAGUCUCAGCGCUGUCAGUGGAGUGGGGAUAAUCCAUCGAGGUGGAAAAGGUUACGGAGGGUUCUUGGCUCCUAAACUCGUUAAUGUUGAUCAUGCUAGGUAUAUUGAUUUUGAUCUGAAUCUACAACAGAUUCAGCACUUUACUUCUUUU